UCUCUUCACUCCGCCGCAGCUGAGAGCUACCGCCGGCCAUGACGACUCGCUUCAAGAAGAACAGGAAGAAGCGCGGCCACGUUAGCGCGGGACAUGGUCGGAUCGGAAAGCACCGCAAGCAUCCAGGCGGUCGUGGAAACGCCGGAGGGAUGCACCACCACCGGAUCCUGUUCGACAAGUACCACCCUGGCUAUUUCGGGAAGGUCGGAAUGCGAUAUUUCCAUAGGCUACGGAACAAAUUCCACUGCCCUAUCGUCAACGUCGAAAGCCUCUGGUCGAUGAUCCCUCAGGAAAUCAAAGACAAGGCGUCGAAGGAUAACGCGCCGUUGGUUGACGUCACGCAGUUUGGGUAUUUCAAGGUAUUAGGGAAAGGCGCCUUGCCGGAGAACACGCCGGUCGUCGUGAAGACGAAGCUUGUCUCGAAGGUCGCCGAGAAGAAAAUUAAAGAAGCUGGUGGCGCCGUCGUGCUCACCGCUUGAUACUCGGUACGUUUCUUAUCUAUAGAGCCUUUAGAUACUUCCAAUAAGCGUUUCAACAAAAAUUCUACCUUUAUUUGCAUUAGUUACUGCAAUUUUGUGCGAGUUAUAAUCUCUUUGUGAUUGAUUCUAUCAGUAGCUGCAAAUUGCAAUUCAAUUCAAUUUGAUCA